AUGAAUCAAUCAGGUCUUCCUACUCCACCACCUACAUCCGCCACGUCAACCACCAGCCCUGCACAGUCAUCAUCGAACGCAGCUGGUCAAUCUGCAAGUGAUGUAUCGUUAGCCUCUAUUGUCGCGACCAUAACUUCGACGUCAAGUCCUUCCCAAUUAAACCAAUAUCUGAGGAGUUGCGCAUCCAAAGAUGUUAGAGAAGUCCUGCUGGCCAGCAUUUUGCCAGGUAGCCAAGAUCCAUUGACUCUGCUAAACACGCGAGAUCACACGCUUGGCAUGCUUUACAUUUUGUCUGCGCGACUGCAUACUGUUGCGUCUGAUAAACCUUUGUGGCACCAUAUCGAGAGUUUUUGCCGCGAUUUUAUCCCCGAACAUGCUCGUGUUGCUCCGGAUCGAGUGACACUUCUUGCAACUGGAAUACGACAAUUAGCUGAAGUUGAAGGAAAUCCCAAACUUGCAAUCGCGCCAUUAUCUGAUUUGCUCGCAAAAUAUCCUCCAACCCUUUCGCAUCUCACCACCAUCCACCCUAUUUUCCUGACGAUUUGCGUCGCCACUCGCCACUUCUCAGCCGCGAUCCCCGUCCUGGCUCAUUCGAUCACUACAAUUGAUCUCUCACUUUCCGACUUGACCUACCACGAUAAUUUAGUAUACCACUACGCCGGCGGUAUCGCACUUGCUGCGCUAAAGAACUGGUCAGCUGCAGAAGAACUCUUUGAGAUCUGCGCAUCAAGUCCAGGCACAGCGGCUUCGGCUAUUCAAAUGGAAGCAUUGAAGAAGUUGGUCCUCGUGCAGUUGAUAUACCGCGGAAAGACAUCACCUCCUUCCAAAUACAUGCACCCGAUUCUUAUGCGAUUGUUCAAGGCGACACCUUAUGCAAGUUUUACGAAUGCAUAUCCUCUGCAACGCGACUACCUUCGCACGAUAGUUGAAAACGAGCAGCAGCUAUUCACCAAUGAAAGAACUCUUGGUCUCAUAACUCAAGCACUCGACCGUGCGCCCCGCUGGGCCAUAAAGAAACUCACAACCACUUAUUUGACGUUACAUUUAUCCGAUAUCGGACGAGAAGUGGGAAUUUCGGACGAGAAUAAAGUGAAAUCUCUGAUUUUGAGCAUGAUUGAGUGUUCAGAAAUCUCCGCGGAGCUGUCUGCAGAUGGGACUGUGUCAUUCUCGGACCCACCAGUGAAAUUCGAGAAGACUGACGUCGACCGAGUGUUGUCACAGGCACAGCAGCAGGACGCCCUUCUUGUGAGGCUUGAAAAAGAAAUGGAAAGGAACAAAGAAUAUCUGACAAAGGCCGUCAAGAGUAAGGACGACGCAGCUUGGGGACCAGCAAUGGAUGAAGAUGGUGCAUUUGGAGACCGUCCAUCAGGCAACUGGGCUGAAGAUAUGAGUUUUGCUUGAUCCAAAGACCCUAUGCAAAAAGAAGUAAACCGCUUUGCACUGAUUAGUAAUUUCUUCAUUCUCUAUCAUAUUCCGUACGAUUUGCCAUCAGUUUCAUCUUCCAUUCUCCGCAACCAGCGCGCCCAUGAGUUUAUUUAAACACAAAUAGAUCAGGCUGGCGUUUAUCGUUGCACUAUUACAAUUUGGGACACGGAGGCCGUGUGCCACAGGGUUGACUCUAAAUGAGGGUGCCUGCAAUCUUCAGGAGCUUCCUGUACUGGGCAUUGGGAGCCCGUGACGGCUUUCCUGACGAUACGAUCAUAACGGGAUAAUGCGUGCUGCUUGGCGCCUUCAAGAUAUGCUAUCCGGUAGCGCAGUUCGCUAGGAUCUUACUAGGGAGCUGCAUGAGACUCGUACGACCUCCCGGGCUGUGAUUCAAAGCAUGUACACAAGUGGUUACAGUCGGCCCAGCUUUUCACACAAGUACGAUCUUCGCGCAUGCACGCUGUGUGAG